AUGCUCAAUAUUUCUCGUGCUCGAUCACACCUUAUUAUCCUAGGGAUCGGUGCAGCCAAGGCUGGCCAUACCAGAGGGUGUGCAACUCUCACUCUGCGUUCAUACCACUCGGAUCAAUCACUCACGAUAAAGGCUCACAUCCUCAGUGGUUUAACUGCUCAAUUACCAUCUGACCAAAUCCAAAACACCGACUUGGAACAGUACUCGCAUCUCACGCUCGCAGAUCCAGAGUUUGGAACCCCAGGUCCAACGGAUGUCAUCCUUGGAGCUGAUUACUACGGCCAGGUCAUCACUGGCGAGAUCAUCAAGUGCAACUCUCCUGGAUUACUCGCUCAAAACACCAUCUUCGGCUGGAUUAUCAUUGGUCCAGUCCAAGCUCGGCUCAACAAACCACUGAGAAUUCAUCAUGCUGUCUCCAAUCAUCAUGAUCAAGAUCUUCAAGAUUUAUUAACUCGGUUCUGGCUCCAAGAAGAGGUCAGUUCAACUCAACUACGCUCAUUAACUCCCGAAGAAGAGGCUUGUGAAGCUCACUUCCGGGACACUCACACUCGAGACAUCUCUGGCAGAUACAUCGUCAGAUUGCCAUUGAUAUCAGACCCGCAACAACUGGGGAACUCAUACACAGCAGCUCGUCGCUGCUGA